AUGGAUCACUUCGCCGAAGAGGAGAAGUUUGUUGAUAUCAUCGACUACAAGAAGAUGAUAGUCAAUCGCAUCCCCGCGACCGUCUCGGACACUUACCGCAGCACACUCAUCAAGACUAUCGAUUAUUUCAUCGACACUCCCGACCCUUCCAACUGCACUCUCUUUUGGAAGGUCAAUGCGGAAUAUGUCUCCAAUGUUGAGCCUCCCUCGCACUUCGUCAUUGCACUCUGUCUCGCUUCGCCCUCGCUUGCUCUCGAGGGUCAAGCUCUUGAGUUCCAGAAGGACUUCUACGCCAAAAACCUCGAUGUGGCUCACCACUUGAAUGAUUGGACCGUCCAAGGCCUCAUCAAUCACCACAACAAGAAGAUCCUCUCUGGAGACAUCACUGGCGAUUAUGUCCACAACAUUGACGGCACCCCUUGGAACCCCGAGGCUAUUGUCGUCAGCCACCCUAACCACAAGCGCCCAGCCUCUGCCGUCGAGGACAUGGUGCCUGGUUCAUCGUCCAAGAGAAGACACUUGGCUCAGGAGGCGACCACGUCGCUCCCCUUCUUUGAGAACAAGGACACUCCCCGUCUCAACUUCCUUGCCCAGGCACAAGAGGUCCCCAAGGACUUGCGUCCCAUCCUCCCUCCCAUGCCCGAAGCCCCCAGAAGCCCGUCCAUCGGUGAUCUUUUGGAACUCCCCCUUCCGGAUCGCCCUAUCUCGCCCAAUAUCUUCCUCAACCCUAUCCCGGGUAUGAAGGGGGAUGAGGAGCGCCUCGACAACGGCUCUCUCUUCAAUAAUCCUGCCAGAGUCACUGAUAUGCCCAUGCCAGGCAUGAGUGAGGACAACGAGCACCUUGGCAACAUCUCUCUCUAUGGCAACCCAGCCAACUUCCCUAUUGUGAACUAUCGCAACCCGUUCAGUCCUACUCGCGAGCCUUCCACCUUCCUCGCCAACGACAACUAUGGCUACGGAGACUAUGGCAUGGCCUCAGCUGGCUACAACCCCGGCGGCCCUGCUGGCUUCUGCAACGACCAGGAGGCUUCCUUGCCUGUCGGCUUAUCUGAUGGCCCCUCCGGCAACGACAACAAUCCUGUCGCCUAUGGCGCUCCUGAGGCUCCCAUGACCAUCUACAGUACUCCCUCCGCCGCCAACCUGCCGACCGAUGCGCCCAUCCCCGCGCCCCUGGCUGACAUUCAGGAAUCCACUGUUCAUGAGAACGGUGAUCAGGCCUCUGCUGUUCAGGAUUCCGCCGCUCAAGCUUCCACAGCUCAAGCCCCUCCCAUCAACCCCUGGAUCGCAGCCGAGCAAGCCUCCGCCUCGCGCAUCGCCCGCCUCACCACCCUCAUCGCCCAGAAGCAAGCCGAGGCCCAGGACAAGAUGAAGCACGCCGACGCCCUCCGAACCGAGCACGCCGGCCUGGUCAGUCCCUUGCCCCUCAUCACCGACGCGCCCCGCGGCGCCUACGUCACCUCCGCCGAAGGCGACGCCCUCCGCAAGUUCGUCAUGGAGGCCCACGACUUUGAGGCCUGCGCCCAAAAGUUCUAUAGCGAGGCCAUUUCGGCCAUGUUUGAGGCUUCCCGUCUCGAGAAGGAGCGCUACGAGGAGAGCGUCAACGCCGGCAACAAGCGUGUUGAGCGCAUGCAGACGCUUGUCUACAAGAUGGCUGGCUUCGCUAGAGAUGCGCAGGGCCUGGCGCUUGGUGCCCGUCCCGGCGAGACACCUCAACUUCCGGGUGGAGUCAAGGGCGUUGGCGAUAUCGUCAGUCGGAUGGCGCAGCUGAAGCAGGCCUCGGAGUAUCUCGUUCAGCAGAUUCAUCUCGUCGAGAAGGAUUUCCGGCAGUACCAGGAGUACCGCCAGUUCAUGCGACAGAUGCAGUAA